CACUCGCCCACGUUCUGCGCUCCGUACUCGCCACCAUGCCGCCCACGCCCUUCGCCCUCGUCACGCCCGCGACGCGCGGGCUGUCGCUCGCCCUGGCGCGACAACUCCUCCAAACGACGAACUUGCCCCUCUUCGCCACCCACCGCUCCGGCACGGGCGACGAGCUCAAGCAGCACGUCCUCGCGCCCCUAAAGGACGUCGACCCCGCGCGCCUGCACCCGCUCCAGCUCGACCUCACCGACGAGGCGUCCAUCGAAUCGGCCGCGCAGACCCUCGCCGACACCCUACCUUCCGACGCCUACCUCGACACCGCGUUCUUCACCGGCGGCGUGCUGCACCCCGAGAAGCAGCCCGCGGACCUCGACCUGUGGAAGAUCACGGAGAGCUUCCAGAUUAACACCAUUUCGCACUUGCUCAUGAUCAAGCACUUUGCGCGCUUCGUGCCGCCGGCGGUGAAGAACAAGGAGGACAUCCCCUUGUCGAAGUGGGUGCAUGUGUCUGCGAGGGUGGGCUCAAUUAGCGACAACCGCUCCGGCGGGUGGUACUCGUACCGCGCGUCGAAGGCGGCGCUGAACCAGGUCAUCCGCACUUGGGACUGGCAGCUGCGCAUGCAGAAGAAGCCGGUGAUCUGUGUGGGUGUGCAUCCGGGGACGAUGAAGACGGAGUUGAGCAGGGCGUAUUGGGAGUCGACGGCGAAGGAGAAGUUGUUUGACCCAGAGUACAGCGCGCAGAAGCUGGUGGAGGUGGUGAAGAAUUUGAAGCAAGAUCAGAGAGGGAAGGUAUGGGAUUACAAGGGCGAGGAAGUACUACCAUAGACGAGAAGACCCUUCGUGAUCGGACAAGCACUGUAACAUAGCAAAGCACGAGCACUUGGCACAGCACACACCUACCUGAUAGGCAACCAAAUCAAUGGACUGAGGACUGCAUGCAGCGAUGAUGAAUGAGUAUGUCGAC